UUUAGUUUUGUGAGGUUGAUCCAUAGUGCCAUCUUUUGUUCACAAGAAAUUACUUCAACGAAGAUCACAUGUGAUUCGAAGUUUUUUCUUUCGAAGUUUUUUCUCAAUUAAAGAUCAACAUUAGGUGAAAAACAAAAUGAAAGCCCGUGAAUUGAUUAAAUUCAGUGUUAAUCCACGUUUGGCUGAAAAUCCAGCAUUACCAGUUGGUUAUAUUCGUAAUGCUUAUUAUAAUGGUUUAGGAAGAUAUGUUUGUCAAUUACAACGUUUGACGAUAAAAUUCUGUAAAAAUAGUGGUACAUCACGUGGUGUUCGUGAUUAUAUUGAAAAUCGUUUGAUUGAUUUUAGUCGUCAAAAUCCGGGUAUUGUUGUUUAUGUUAAACCACGUUUACAUCGUACACCAGUUAUUGUAAGCGAAUAUUUAAAUGGUCAAACACAAUGGAUGAAUAUCAGGAAUUUUACCGAAACAGAAAUUGAUUGGUGGAUUAAUGAUUUUUUGCGUACAAGAUCUGGUUAUGAAUUAAGUCAAUUAAUAUCAAUGAAUAAUGUGUCAACACCAAGUGUUCAAGGCGUAUGGAAUCCUUUUCUCAAUCGACCAACCGAAUUAAAUAUUCAACAAAAAUCAUUUCCAAUCGAUGAACGUAGCAGAUAUCGACCAGAAUUACCAUCAGCAACUGAACAGUUAAGAAUCUUGGCCGAAAAAUUAAAACAAUCCGAUAUGGAUGAAAAUCUAGUCGUUUCGAAAAAUCCAGAAUAAAUGAUCAUGAUUAUGGCGAAACAAAAUGAAAUUUUUAUUUUCAAAAUUAAAAAAAAAA